CUAUAAAUAAGGUGUAACCAUUAUUUAAAGCAAAAUUUAAAAGCUGUCUUGAAUUCCAUCCAUGUUUAGAGGUAUAUUCAGAUAAUAUUGUUUAGAGAUUUAUCCCUCCACAUCUGGUUGUUUUAAGUAGAAUUUUUACUUCUAAAAUCCAUCAUGGUGCUUUUGAAAACUUAACUCCAUAUGCUAUUUCCAAUUUAGUGUGACUUUGUACACUGUGUUUUAAAUUAUUUUUGAGGACUCCAUAAUGGAAAUAUAUAGCCAACUACAUAUAACUAUAAGUAGUUCUUCUAAAAUAGAUAUAUGUAGUCAGCUUUCUAAGAGAUAAUUUUAGCGGUGUCAGUGAGAAAGAGAGGAUACAAAGGGAAAAUGUGUGAAAGUUGCGGUUCAUAUCAAAAUUAAUUGAUUAGAGUCUAGUAAUUAAAUAUGGCAAAUUGAUGAACUUUAGAGUAAAUUUUUCAUUUUUUAGUUGUAAGGAUUUUUUUUUCUUUUUAGUGUCUAAGAUUAUUUUAGUGUUACUGUCAUUUUUAUUAGGCAAUUAAGAUGUUUAUAAGCAAGACAUUUAGGCAUUAACUACCCCUCUUCAGAUAAGUAUACAUAAAUUGGUUCUAAAAGUCAGGACUUUAAGAAGUUUCCUGAGACAAGGGAACUUUUUUUGUUAGUGAUUCUCAAAAAUUUUAGUAGUUUCACAAGGCAUAUAUUUUGGAAUUGGAUUCUUUUAGGCAUCUCUGGCCUGGUUGGUGAGAUGUCUUUUUAACCAGCUGGGUGUAGGCAUCCUUUUAAAUUGAGGCUGAUUACAUGGAAUAGGCUUUUGGUUUUUUCUGUCUACUUGAUAUUGAAUGGAAUUUAUUGGAAGGUUAUCAAAACUGUUUGCAUCACCAGUAGGUAGUUUUAGUAACCAGGAGCACUCAUUAAGGAACAAAUUUCAAUUCGCACAUAUUUGUUUUUUCUUUUUCUUUUUUUUGACUAAUUUGGUUAUUUGCCAUUUCUGGGGAUUAAACUUUAAAAAAUGUUCUUCUUUUCUGUAUCUGAUGUUCUGUGUGCUAUUAGUGAUGCAGCCAACACGAACGGUUGUCAUGUGUAACACAACUUUCGAUCACCGCGAAAACACCGUCCUGGGAAAGCGUCCAUGCUUGAUAUCGUUUGGUUCAUGAACAUUAAGUUUCCAGUACAGGUAAAAUUCCAGAGGAAUCCAAAGCCCUCUCUUUAUUGGCUCCUGCUCCAACCAUGACAAGUCUAAUGCCUGGUGCAGGCUUGCUUCCCAUACCGACCCCAAAUCCCUUGACUACAUUGGGUGUUUCCCUUAGCAGUUUGGGAGCCAUACCAGCAGCAGCACUAGACCCCAACAUUGCAACACUUGGAGAAAUACCACAGCCACCACUUAUGGGAAAUGUGGAUCCUUCCAAAAUUGAUGAAAUUAGGAGAACAGUCUAUGUUGGCAAUUUGAAUUCCCAGACAACGACAGCUGAUCAACUACUUGAAUUUUUUAAACAAGUUGGAGAAGUGAAGUUUGUGCGGAUGGCAGGUGAUGAGACUCAGCCAACUCGGUUUGCUUUUGUGGAAUUUGCAGACCAAAAUUCUGUACCAAGGGCCCUUGCUUUUAAUGGAGUUAUGUUUGGAGACAGGCCACUGAAAAUUAAUCACUCCAACAAUGCAAUAGUAAAACCCCCUGAGAUGACACCUCAGGCUGCAGCUAAGGAGUUAGAAGAAGUAAUGAAGCGAGUACGAGAGGCUCAGUCCUUUAUCUCAGCAGCCAUUGAACCAGAGUCUGGAAAGAGCAAUGAAAGAAAAGGCGGUCGAUCUCGUUCCCACACUCGUUCAAAAUCCAGGUCUAGCUCAAAAUCCCAUUCUAGACGAAAAAGAUCACAGUCAAAACACAGGAGUAGAUCCCAUAAUAGAUCACGUUCAAGACAAAAAGACAGACGUAGAUCUAAGAGCCCACAUAAAAAACGCUCUAAAUCAAGGGAGAGACGGAAGUCAAGGAGUCGUUCGCGUUCACGGGACAAGAGAAAAGACACCCGAGAAAAGAUCAAGGAAAAGGAAAAAGUGAAAGAAAAAGAUAGAGAAAAGGAAAGGGAAAAAGAGAGAGACAGGGAGAAAGAACGUGAAAAAGAAAAGGAACGGGGUAAAAACAAAGAGAAAGACCGGGAUAAAGAACGGGAAAAGGACCGGGAAAAAGACAAGGAAAAGGACAGAGAGCGAGAGCGGGAAAAAGAACAUGACAAGGAGCGAGACAAGGAGAAGGAACAGGACAAGGACAGAUCGAGAGAGAUAGAGGAGAAAAGAAGGAAGGAUAAAAAAUCCAGAACACCGCCCCGGAGUUACAAUGCGUCAAGAAGAUCUCGUAGUUCCAGCAGGGAAAGGCGUAGGAGGAGGAGCAGGAGUUCUUCCAGAUCACCAAGAACAUCAAAAACUAUAAAAAGGAAAUCUUCUAGAUCUCCAUCCCCUAGGAGCAGAAAUAAGAAGGAUAAAAAGAGAGAAAAAGAAAGGGACCACAUUAGUGAAAGAAGAGAGAGAGAACGUUCAAGCUCUACAAGAAAGAGUUCUCAUGACCGAGAUGGAAAGGAAAAGUUGGAGAAGAACAAUACUUCACUUAAAGAGAAGGAACACAAUAAAGAACCAGAUUCAAGCGUGGGCAAAGAAGUAGAUGACAAGGAUGCACCAAGGACUGAGGAAAACAAAGUACAGCAAAAUGGGAGUUGUCAGCCAAAUGAAGAAAACCUCUCUACCAAAACAGAAGCAGUAUAGGACUGACAAAUGCACCUCUAAACACAUGCUGGAAUAAAAUCCAAAGCUUUUAAUUCUCUCAACAAGAUGUCAAACAGUGAAGAAAUCCAGUUGAGCAUAAAGAUACAAACUAACAGCUUUUCUAGUUGUUAGGUGACUUUGUGGCCAUCUUGUUACGGAGUAAGAAAAUAAAGCAUGGACAUCGUGAAAAUAACACAUGUGACCCAAACUCAUCUUCUAGAAUCUGUGCAUUUCCAUGGUGGCUGACACACUUGUCAUGUGGUUUGUUAGUGUUUGCCAAGAACUAUUACAAAUAGAUGGGACAUCAAAGAUCCAAAUUUGUACUAUCCAUAAAGACUGGAGAUAAGCAUUGGAGGCUCUUUUAAAAAAUGGUAGUUGCUGAAUUUUGUAUUGUUUUACUUUUUUUUCUUUUUAAAUUUCAAUAUAUACAGAUUUGAUGAUGUGCUUGAAAUCGGUGCAAAUAUAUACACACCCUUGUAAGUGCAGAGUAUGUAAGAAGUUUUUAACAUUUACUUCACAGGAUUUAUGGUGAUUGUGUUAAAUUCUCACUUAUUGUGUUUUCUUUUGCUCACUGUUUAGGACAACAGUUUUUUUUUUCUUGUUAAAAUAGUUUUACAGACUAAAAUUGCUUAACUAAGUGGUUUAACAAACAACUGACAAUGCAUGCUCCUGUUCUCUUUCAAAAGGAAGAGCACCCAUGUUGAAUACUAAUAAUAAUGUAUUAGUAUUCGGUGUUUAGAAUCAUUGGGUCUCCCCACAAAGUAAGCAUUUCUUUUUGAACUUCCUUGACCUUCCCAAGCUUAUUAUGAAUAAUAUUGCAGUGUGUGUUGUCAGCUGUAGGUGGCAAAGGUGGCAUUAUAAAAAGAAAACUGGGUUUUCAAAAUGGGCUAUGGGAGCACAAGCUGAAGCUUUAGUGCCUUCUACAGUGUGGUGUGCUGUUUUCUAGAAUUUUAUAUGUGCUAGUCAUUCUCAGUUCAUAGGGGAUGUAGAUGGAUAUUCCAUUCACUCCCAUAGAGAAGUGUGCAAGUGGUAUGUCAGAAGAGCUUCUUACAUAUUUCACCUAACAUGAGGGAAGUCCUGUUUUCAAGAAUGACUUGAGAGCUUACAACAACCAUGCAGUUUUGGGACCAUCAGUUUUAUACUGUGAUAAUUGAAAAUGAAGCAUGUUCUUACUUGACUUAAAUCAAAGUGAACACUUUCGUUGUCUCCAUUGGAUGGCCUUAAUUAUUACCUCUUAAUUAUCUUCUCAUAAAUGAUGUGCAGAAAUUCUAUGUAAAGGAGAACACAUGAGGUUAUUUGUUUUAAGGAUAUGUUUACUUGAGUUUAAAAUACAGGUCAUCCAUUACGCUUAGGCUCACUUUCUGCAGGAAGUAACAAGUAGUAAAAUGACAACAUUGCUAAUAUUUUCCCCCAAAGCCAUAACUCAUAGUUUCAGAAAUCUUUUCAUUAUUGUUUUGUUCCCCCCAAAGUUAUACCUUUUAAUUAGCAUGUUAUUAAAAAAAUCAAGUAUAAUUAUUUUAAUGCAGUCUAAUACAAUCAGAUUACUCCGUUGCCUUACCUCAUGGGAAGAAUUACUUAUAGAUUUAAAUAGCUGAGUAGCUCAUCAGUUACUUGGUUUCAACUUGAGUUUUCUUUUAAUGUUAAUACUAUUGAAACUUUAAGUAUUUGGUAGAGAAUGGAAAGAAUUGCCCUUAUUGCAAUGAAGCCUGGUUUGACUACGAAGCUGCUUAAUUACUCUUUCAUGUGUUCAGAAUUACUGUGUUUUUUUUUCCUUUUUGUCACUGUGUACAUUAAAAUUUUUGAAAAUGCUUUACUAUGUAAAGUAUAGAUGGUCAUUUUAAUCAUUCAACCACAUACGGUUGGCUGGUAAACAGCUUAUUCUGAUACAAGAAUGCUUGAGUGCAUAUGGAAAGAUUGUGAAGGAGUGUGUGUCUUGCAUCAACAGUUGUCUUAUUUAUAAUAUGUAAGUAGAAUAGAGCAAAUGUUUGAAUCUUUGUUAUUUUUAGUACCAUUUCUCUAAUAAAGCUAAGUAUUUUAGAGGAAAGUAUUUGUUUAUGGAUUUCAAAACAGCAUCUUAGUUUAUGUUUAUCUUGUUUUAGUUGGCAUAGAGAUUGUUUCGACAUGGAGAAUGAAUGUGUGGUGUCUAUAAAACAAUCAUUUAAAGUUUGAAUUAUUUCUUGUACUCUGGACUCUUAAUGUUUUCUGUGUUGGCAGUUAACACACUUAAUUUGGUUCUUGCUGCUAAUUAUUUUUUCCUGUUGGUGAUAUUCAGCUUUAAAAUAAUGAUACUUCUUUUGAAAGACUCUGAUAUGUGAAAGUUGGACAUGAAUAGGAAUACAAGAGAUCCAGAUGAAGUAAAAAAAUGUUCUUAAAUGGGCUUAUGGAAGCAAAGCUUUUUAGGGCCUGGAGGUAUUGGAGUGAGUGUGAGUAUGCAUGUGUGUGUGUGUGUGUGUGUGUGUGUGAGAGAGAGAGAGAGAGAGAGAUUGAGAGAGACAGAUCGAGAGAGAAAGACAUAUUUUUUCUUUGUUCACUUAUAGGAGCCUGGUAGGUUUCCAUGUUAUUUUCUUUUAAGGCGUUUUGUUUUUUUCUUUAAGGCUAUUCUUUUUCAACCCAGGUAGAUGUUGUCAGGAAAACUUGAGGUAAGACAAAGAAGAUAGCCAUUUUAUAUGUGAUCCCUUUAUAAUUUUUUAGCUUGAUUAUACAGAGAGUACACUCUGUUCCUUGUGUUGCUCUUCCUCAUUUUAGACAAAUUCUGUUGAUCCUCUUGUUCUUUCUUUGCAGCAAUGCGUAAUGAAUUAUUUAUAUUAAGGUGGGCCUUCAUAAUAAGCUGGCUAGUUUUGUAUGUGAAAACAAGUAUAAAUCCUUAACUUCUGCAAUUGUCUCAUUAUUCUCCAUCUAAUCUAAUUAAUUUAUAAUUGCAAACACUAAUCAGCUUGUGAUUUUGUUCAGAAUUCUUAUAUUCAAGAGGUUAGUCUAUAUAUGGUAUGUUGAUCUUCAGAAAUGUCAGAGACUUAAAUUUUGAAAUGCUCAAAAAUAACUCAUUUAGAAUCCUUUUUUUGUGAAGAAAAUAACUUCAUUUGUGAUUUUAGUUAUUUCCAGGACCUCAUUCAUUCCUAUAUAUAUGUUGCUGUCUUUACCUUAAAACUUAAACCCUUAAUCCAAAUCAGCUCUGAAGAUAAUUAAUUUUAAGAAUUAUAAUAUGUAGUAACAGGCUUUUAAACAUUUAAAAAAAUCCAUUAGAAAUAAUAUGAUUUGAUUUAAAUGUCUUUUUUUUAGAAGUUGAAUUAGCUAUUAAAAUGAGUCCUUUUGGAGGGAUGCAUUGAAUAACUUAACAUUUCAGUGAGUGAUUAUAUUUUCACUAAAAGAUAAUAUCUGGUUUUAACUGGGCGGAUUAUGAAGUAGAGCCAUUUCCACAAAGUAUGUUCUUUAUGUGUUUAGAUAUUUUUUUAUUUUCACACUUACAUAGUAUUCUUACGUUUAUUUAGUGUAAUAGUCAUUUAAAAUUGUUUUUCAAAUUUCAAAAGUUAGUGCUCUUAAAAGGGCUAAAUUACAUUUCUGGAAGCGGUAGUCCAGUAUGAUAUAAUAAAGUCUUUUAAAAUCAGAUUGACUUCCCUACUUAGUUUUGGGUUUGUGGAUGAAUUUGUUUUUCUUAAAUGUCCUAUUGGUGAUUCUGCCUGAAGAUUGAUACAUUAUUUUAAAAAUAAAAGCUGGAGCUAUUAAUGAUUUUUGGUCCCUAUUGAGGUUGGUAGUAAUAACUAGAUUUCUUUCCAUUCUAUUUUAAGGUAUUUUUAUAGUUCCUAGCAACUAAUUUAUUAUAACUUACUUUAUAUUUAAUAUAAUACUUAAUAUAUUGUUUUUAAAAGCAGGGUUUUAGUUUGUUGCCUAAUUUUUAAAUUUACUUUGUAUCUAGCUAACAUUUUAAUUUUGAAAGUUGCCAACUUUUGGGAAACUUCACAUAUUUUACUGCUAAGAUUUAUUUUCCUGGGAUUGGAAUGGAAUAAUACAGUUUUCUUCACUCCUGAUUAACUUUUAUUUGCUAGAUAGAUAAUUUCUUGACUCUAUGUACAAGUUCAAAUUUAUGAAAAUCAUACUGAAGGAAUUAGAGUUGAGGCUAUGGAGUUCUACCCACCUGAGGUUGUGUGGCAGGCAGCAGACUCUUGGGGAACAAUCUACAGAACUCCCCCAUUUCCACAGAAGAUGACAUUUGGGUGUAUUGUGUAGUUGUGUAGGUAGUUCGUUUAACAGUUAAAUAUUACUCUCCUGAAUCUUAACAAUAGUGUUCUUUACAUAAUGCUAUGAUUAUUAAGGGAAGAGUUUAAAAUGUAAACAUAAAGAUGCUGCAUUAGGUGGUGUAUAUUUAUGUGAGUAGGACUACUUCUAAGUGGUACUAGUAAAGAUUUAUCAAAUGAUGCUGCUAUUGUGUUGCUAUAUUUUUAAUAAAAUGAAAAU